CACAUUCGCGCUUGUUCAACGGUCAGACAACAGAAUGAAGAUGCAGAGCUCAGUCGUGUUCCUGGUGCUUGUGGCUGCGGCCAGCGUCGAGUGCCACAAGUUCAGGUUUGGAAACUGCAAGAAUUAUUCUCCCGUCGCCAACUUCCAGUCCGGCAGGAUGAACGGCACUUGGUACGUCAUCAAGAAGGUCGCAACCACCAGCACCUGCAUGAGCGUAAUCUUCAACAACACCAACAGUUUCUUAGAGAUGAGGGAGAUCAGGACGCCCACCUCCAUCACGCCCUUCAACAUCAUCCUCACCAACAUCGGAAAGCUCACCCCGAAAGGGAGCAACCCGGCGGUCAUGAACCUCAAGUGGGAGAACGUGAUAAGCAACGUCCUCAAGACAACCUACACAGUCGUGGACACAGAUUACAACAGAUACGCCAUCGACGCCGAGUGCCAGAGCCUGUUCUUCGCCAGGAGGGAGAGUGCCACCAUCCUCAGCCGUACUCCGACCAUGGAUGCUGACCUGCUCGAGGAGCUCGAACAGAAAUUAGUAAACGAAGGCUUCGUCAAGUCCUCCUUGAACACGAUCGACCAGACCAACUGCUUCGAUCCCCAGCAGGUCGACUACAACAUCGUGGUGGACGAGGAUGGCGUUCGAGCUGGUCUCCACGAUGCGGAUGACGUCAGCAUCGUGGACAUCAGGGACGAGCAACAACUUUCCGAGUACAUUAACAAAUCCAAGAAUAAGGCGAACAACUAAGUAGGGAAGGUCAAGGAUGACAUUGGAGUGGUCCUUGCAAGAAGGGGGAUUUCUUCAGUCGCCUUCGUUUGUUUGUUGUUUACGCAUUCUAAGUAUUGGCGGGGAGAAUGCUUUCGUUUGUUUCAUAUGACCUCGUGAUGACAUCGGUCUAAACUGUUAUUCAUUGCUGUUUAAAUAAAACUUGAGGCACAGUU